AUGCAGAGCACCAAUGUGGAAACAUGCUCGGCUGGCAGCAGCUGUGAGAUUCAGCAGAACGCCUCCUCCUUCUUCUGCCGGGUUCUCUGCUUUGACUUCUGUGCCUCCUGCAUCCCUCUCAACGGUGAAAAAGUGAUUCUUUGCCAACGCCGCCACCCUCCUCCUCGACCACCCCUCUCACCUCCUCUCCCUCCCAGCCUCGCACUCAUGAGCCCCCCACCCCCACCUCUGUCAUCCCUUCUUGCCGUCUCCUCUCCGCUCGCCCCUCCUCCUGCUCCUCCACCCUCCACCGCAUCCCGUGUCUUCGGUCGCGCCCGCUGUCCCAAGUUCCCCGUGUCUCUCGUGGCACAAGCAACGGGUGGGUGGAGUGAGGUCAAUUGGUUGGAGAAGCAGGGGUGGAGCAGCAUCAGCAACAGCACCACUAGCAGCAUUAUUGGCAGCAGCAGCAGUGGAGGGCAGAGGUACAAGGUAGUGAGUCCUCUCGAUGCCCGCCAGGUGUGGUUCGUAGUGAGGCGCGGCAACGACGAGCUUUCCACAGACUUUCAGAAAGAGGUGGCCACGCUUUGGUCCAUCCGCCAUACCAACCUGCAGCGACUGCUGGGUUACUGUUGGGAGAAACCUGGCAGUGCUGAUAGCACCAAGAGUACUGGUGCUGAGAAGGCCAUUGCCUAUUCUGCUCCUGCCGCUUCCGUUCAUGCUCUGGAGCAAGCAGAGGAGCAGGUGCUAGUGUUUGAGUGGGUGCCAGGAGGCAACCUGCACAGCCGCCUCGUUGCAGAGGGCUGCUCGCCUCUGUCGGUGUGGCAGUGCCUGGAUGUGACCGCAGGUGUGCUGCGAGGGCUGAAGCACAUCCAGAGCCAUGGGGUCGUGCAUGGCCGCAUACUCCCACGCAACAUCCUGCUAGACUCCGCGCUGCAGGCUGUCCUGGCUGGUUGCACGGCCGUGAAAAUGGGCGACCCACUUCCAUCCAUCCCCGCACCUGCACCACCAGCAUCACUAUCAGCAUCAGCAGCGGCAUCAGUCACACCAGCAGUACGGCCACCUGCCAGCCAUGCAUACAUGGACCCAAUCCUGCAUGCCUCUGCUCGCACCACGCCCACCACGGACGUUUUCAGCAUUGGUGUGGUGAUGCUGCAGCUCAUCACUGGACGGCCAGCCUUGAUCCCCAUAGCUGUAGGCAACAAUCGGCAAGGCAACAGCUCUGGCUCCAGCGGUGGUGGCAGUAGCAGCAACAGCAACAACAGCAUCAGCACAGACAGCCAUAGUAGCAACAGCAUUAGCACGGGCAGCCAUAGUAGCAACAGCAUCAACACAGGCAGCCAUAGUAGCAACAGCAUCGGCACGGGAAGCCACAGCAGCAGCAGUAUGAGCAGCGGCUAUAGUGCCAGCAGCACCUCAGUGCACAUUCGGGACUGGGCACAUCACCUAAUAACUCGCAACAUCACGGCCAGCCUGCGCGCCACCCACCUGCCCUCAGCACCCGACGCCAUCGUGCUGCCCAUGGUGCGCCUCGCCCUCUCCUGCACCGCUUCCGACCCCCUCUCCCGCCCCACUGUCACCGACCUGCUCUGCUCCAUCAAGGCUCUCAAGCGCUCCCUCUCCGCCCACCCGCGCCCUGCCCUGCCGGCCAACGCAGGGACGGGCGGGGAUGGUGACACCGCCGGUGCUGCCGGCGGUGGGGGGGCUGGAGAGCAGCAGGGUGGAGAGUCUGGGGAUGGGCUUUCUGGGGGUUUCAGUCAGAAUGCGCUAGAUGCGAAGCUCGAUUGGCUCAUGGAAGAAGAGGACAGCGGUAUUUUUUUGACAGAUGUAUAG